GGGAGUGGCCACGCUCGUCCCGCCACGUCCCGAAGGCUACUGGGAGAGUGCGGUCUUAGAGCUCGCCCGGUCUGACGCGGCCGCGUGCGUUUGGAAACCACUCCACUCCACCUCACCCGAGGGCACCCUCUCCCCAACAACGGGAACAUGCCGCGUGGACGCCAGUGGGACGGCAAACUGGGGUUUGGCUGAACCCCUCAGGUAACGGAAAGCACUGCCUGCCAGCACUCUGAUCCUGUGAAUGUGACCCUCAAAGAACAAGGACAGGAUGCCUGCGGCUCGAGGGAAGUCUAAAUCCAAGGCCCAAGUGACAUUUGGGGACAUAGCCAUCUACUUCUCGAAGGAAGAAUGGGAAGGGCUAAGCCCUAUUCAGAAGGAUUUGUACGAAGAUGUCAUGUUGGAGAACUAUCGGAACCUGGUCUCAGUCGGUCUUUCCUCUCGGAGGCCAAAUGUCAUCACCUUGUUGGAGAAGGGGAAGGCACCCUGGAUUGUGGAGCCAUCAAGAAAACGUCGAGCCCCUGACUCAGCAUCUAAGUGUGAGACCAAGAAGUUACCAUCAAAUCAGUGCAACAAAUCUGGGCAAAGCACCUCUCAAAGUGCAGUUUCUUCACAACAAAAGGUACCCCCAGGGAAGAGGCGCUGUAGCAAAAAUUCAUUCCUAAGAAAACUGAAGAAAGGACGUUCAGGGAAGAAAUCUUUAAAGUGCCGUGAGUGUGGCAAAACCUUCAGUCAAAGCUUAGCUCUGAAACUUCAUGAAGACUCUCACAUUGGAGAGUGGCCUUACGAAUGCAGCAGCUGUAAACAAGCAUUCAGACAGAUCUCGUCCCUCAUUCUUCAUCAGAAAAUCCACAAUGGGAAGAAAAGCUAUGAAUGUGAUAAAUGUGGGGAAAUUUUCCAUCAGAAGUUAACUCUUAUACUACACAGGAGGACCCACAGUGGAAUGGGACCUCUUGCCCAUGGGAAGGCUUUGAGCUCAUCCUCACCUCUCACUGCUCAUCACAACAUGCAUAUCAUUGAGAAUGUCCACAAGUGCAGAAAAUGUGGGAAAGCCUUCGGUCGGAUGUCAUCCCUUUUACUUCAUAAGCGAAUUCACAGGGGCAAGAAAUUACCAAAAUUCAGUAAGUAUGGGAGAGGCUUCAAAAAGAAACCAGCUCUUGUGCACAAAAGAAUUCUUACUGGAAAGAAAACACAUGGGAGUGAGAAGGCCUUACCUGAGCAUCCCCAGCAGAGAAGUCACCAUUUAGAGAAUCCCUUUAAAUGCAGAAAAUGUGGGAAAUCCUUUAGUAGGAUAUUACUCCUAAUGCUCCAUCAGAGAAUUCAUGCUUCAGGAAAACCCUACAAAUGUGAUCAGUGCAAGAAAGAUUUCCAGCGGCUUUCAACCCUUUUCCUGCACCUAAGAAUUCACAGUGGAGAGAAGAAGUACAGGUGCGAUAAAUGUGAGAAGGUCUGCAGCCGGCACUCCUCCCUUAUUCAGCAUCAGAAAAUCCACAAGAGGAAAGAGAAGCUCAUCGAGUGUAAGGAAUGUGGAAAGAUGUUUUCUGGAAACGCAAACCUGAAAAUACAUCAGAACAUUCAUUCCGAAGAGAAACCUUUCAAAUGCAGUAAGUGCAGUAAAGUUUUUGGUCGCCAGUCAUUUCUUGUUGAACAUCAAAGAAUUCAUACUGGAGAAAAGCCCUACCAGUGUGAGGAAUGUGGGAAAGCGUUCAGUCACCGAAUAUCCCUUACUCGCCAUAAGAGAAUUCAUACCGAAGAUAGACCCUAUGAAUGUGACCAGUGUGGGAAGGCCUUCAGCCAGAGUGCGCAUCUUGCCCAGCACGAAAGAAUUCACACUGGAGAGAAGCCGUAUACAUGCACAACAUGUGGGAAGGCCUUUAGUCAGCGCACAUCCCUUAUCCUACACGAAAGAAGUCAUACUGGAGAGAGGCCUUAUGAAUGUAAUGAGUGUGGAAAGGCAUUCAGCAGUGGCUCAGACCUUAUUCGACAUCAGAGAAGUCAUUCUUCAGAGAAACCAUAUGAAUGUAGUAAGUGUGGGAAGGCAUAUAGUCGGAGCUCCUCUCUGAUUCGACAUCAGAACAUACAUUCCGAGGAUAAAACCUAAUUUUUUUCCUGAAUAUACAAAAGCUAAGAAUGUCACUGUAAAGAAGGACUGAGAGAUACGGAGAAUGUCUAAGUGUUCCUGGAAUCUGAUGGAGUUAUCUCCCAGUUAAGUUGAAAAUACCACAAAACCAAACCAAACAAAAAGGUCAUUUAAUAGACCUAAACUAGCAGCCAUCAUAGCUCAGCACGCCAUCACUGUAGAGUAUCAGCUGUCACUGUGGUUGGUUGGCUUACUGGGUGGAAAAGCUUCUGCCUGGUCCUGCUGCCCAGCAUCAUAAGCUUCAUACUGCUUGGCACAGGCUUAGGAGAAAAAAAAUAGCACAAUUUAUUGAACAAACAUUGCUUUUGUGCUGUCAUAAAGCUGAAAUGUACUACCACACACAAACAAAAGUGAGCUGCAUGUGGUAGUGCACACCUUUAAUCCCAGCACUUGGGAGGCUGAGGUAGGAGGAUCACUAUGAGUUCCAAACUGGCCUGGAACUUCAGAGGAGUUCCAGGUUAGCUUUGGCUAGAGAAACUCUGCCUUGAAAAAACAAAUGGAAAACUCACAAGUGAGUCACUGGAUCUUCGAUGUAUGUGUAUAUAUACAUAGGACCCUUUGAUGAUACAUUCCCUUUGAAAGCCAAAGAGCAAAAGUAAGUAGUUGGUGUCUGUGGAGCUGAAGAUUUGAAGUCAACUGAGGUAUGCCCAGAAGACUGAGUCAGCCUUUAUAAGCUAAGGUAUUUUCAUUUCACAUUUUACUUCCAGUGCAGUUUGACAUUUCACUGGCUACAUACUACAAAAUGAAAUUGUGAAGUCCACUCUUUGUGGAUGGGACUUUGAACCUGAUUUAAGGGCACAGGAAUAAAUAAUUCGGCAUUGUGUUUCAGAACUACAGUUAUAUGAGAGUAACUGAAAAAUGUGUGGGUAAGAACAAAAAGGAGGCUGUUUAGGUGGAUAAAGCUAUCCACAUAUAAUGGUGUAUACUAUCCUCAUAGAUAUGAAAUGUGUAUGAAAAUCUGGUAUGACUAAGACAGGCUAAGGAAAAAAGCACCAAGGACUGAAGAAGGAGAACUAAAGAGCAGAGAGAAAUUAUUGGUUAUUUUUUAUGUCAAAAUGUUUAUAUUUAUAUGAAUAAACAUAUUUUCAUGUAAUAAUGGUGUUGUGCAAAGAGUGGUAGAAUGUAUGUUGUUUUGACCUUUGUGUAUGUCACCCCAAAAUUUCUAUGUUGAUGACCUCAACUUCAACAUGAUGGUAUUUGGAAAUGUAAUUUGAUGAGGUCCUGAGGAUGGGGGCUCUUCAGAAGAAACACCAGAGCUUGCUGUCUUUCUGCACCAUGCAAGAACACAGUCAACUUUUCUCCAAACCAGUGAGAGACCCUCACCCAAACCUGACCAGGCCAAUACCCUUGUAAUGGACUUCUAGCCUCCAUAGCUGAGAAUUAAUCUCUGUUUAAUUUCCCCAAGUCUGUGACAUUGUUAUGAUAGCUCAAGUCAAAUACAUGAGAAAACAGGGUUGAUAUAAUGGGUCCUUUUCCUUUGAGCUAUUUACCAUGUAUAACAGCUUGUGUGAAUUAUAUUAAAAAAAAAUAAAGUUCAUGUGUGUGUGAUUAAA